GGAAGGAGGCGGGGUCAAAGUAGGCGGACGAGUAGUCUCUCCUGUUUGCACUUUGCCAGGCUGACUCUGAAGUUUGUGUUCCUGAGACCAGGAGGAAUUUGGCCUGAAGUGGACCGAGCGGACCCCCUCAAAAACGACAUCAUCAUCACAUCAUCAUCAUCAUCAACAUGCUGAUCCUCCUCGCCGGCAUCUUCGCCCUGCACAUCAUCUGCAUCGUCCUCCUGCUGGUGGCCACCAUCGACAACGGUUGGUGGGUGUCCGACACCUUGUCCACUGAUGUGUGGGCCCGCUGGGUGUACACCAAUGGAGUGUGGAACUACACCGACCUCCCAACAGGCUCGCACUACCCAGAGGACUACCUCCAGGCGGUGCAAGCCACCUCCGUGCUGGCCUGCAUCUUCUCCAUCCUGGGCAUCUUCGUGUUUGCCGCGCAGCUUUUCACCUUGAAAAAGGGAGAGCGCUUCACCAUCUCCGGCGUCUUCCAAGCCCUGGCCUGCCUCUGCAUCAUGAUCGCCGCCUCCAUCUACACCGACCAAUUCCACCUGGACGAGAGCGUGGGUUCCUACGGCCACUGCUACAUCCUGGCGUGGAUCUCCUUCGCCCUCACCUUCAUCUCCACCAUCAUUUACUUUGUGCUACGCAAGAAGACGGCGUGAUCGCCACGCCGGAGCUAAACUCCGUUUGACUGGAUCUCUUCUUUUAGGCACACAAAAAAUGAUUUUGGUAACUGAGCGAUUGCAGACUGUAACAUUCUUAAAAGACAGCGCCGAUCAAUUGAUGGAAUAUUCUUUCUUUUUUUCUUUUCUUUUCGGAACAUAAGGCGCACCAGCAGGCACAAGGCAUUGAUACGGCGUUGAUUAUGCGUACGUGUCCUCUAAAACGGACUAUGAAACAACGGGGAAAAAUAGUUGUGUUUGUACAUUGAGACAACGUUGAUGUCUGACGUUGGAUCCACGUUGUUGGUUGUUGGAAAAUGAUCACAAUUCAAUGGUCAAAAUGCAUCAAACGUCAAAUCAACAUUGUCAAAAAGCAUGUUGUUUCAACGUUGUAUUUGUGUUGUAGGAUACUGGUUAGAAAAUGACCAAAAUUCAAUAGUCAAAUCAACGUCAAACCUGACAUUGAUUAAAUGUCGUCAAAAACUAUGUUUUUUCAACGUUGUAUUUGUACCGUGGAAUAUUAGUUGGGAAAUGAUGUCAAAAACGUCGUCAAAAAGCAUGUUGUUUCAACGUUGUAUUUGAGUUGUAGAAGUAUUGGUAAGAAAAUGACCAAAUUUCAAUGUCGAAUCAACGUCAGAACCCCACGUUGAUUAAACGUCGUCAAAAAGCAUGUUGUUUCAAUGUUAGGUUUGUGUCGUAGAAUAUUGGUCGGGGAAAUUACCAAAAUUCAACGUCAGGAUCCGACAUUGAUUAAACGUCGUCAAAAAGCAUGUUGUUUCAAUGUUAGGUUUGUGUCGUAGAAUAUUGGUAAGAAAAUGACCAAACUUCAAUGUCGAAUCAACAUCAGAACCCCACGUUGAUUAAACGUCGUCAAAAAGCAUGUUGUUUCAACGUUGUGUUUGUGUCGUUGAUUAUUGGUCGGGGAAUGACCAAAAUUCAACGUCAGGAUCCGACAUUGAAUAAACGUCGUCAAAAAGUAUGUUGUUUCAAUGUUAGGUUUGUGUCGUAGAAUAUUGGUCGGGAAAUGACCAAGUUUCAAUGGUCAAGUCAACGUCACAACCUGACAUUGAUUAAACGUCGUCAAAAAGCAUGUUGUUUCAACGUUGUGUUUGUGUCGUUGAUUGUUGGUCGGGAAAUGACCAAAAUUCAUCGUCAGGAUCCGACAUUGAAUAAACGUCGUCAAAAAGCAUGUUGUUUCAAUGUUAGGUUUGUGUCGUAGAAUAUUGGUCGGUAAAUGACCAAAAUUCAAUGGUCAAAUCAACGUCACAACCUGAUAUUGAUCAAACGUCGUCAAAAAGCAUGUUGUUUCAACGUUGUGUUUGUGUCAUUGAUUAUUGGUCAGGGAAUGACCAAAAUUCAACGUCAGGAUCCGACAUUGAAUAAACGUCGUCAAAAAGCAUGUUGUUUCAAUGUUAGGUUUGUGUCGUAGAAUAUUGGUCGGGAAAUGACCAAGUUUCAAUGGUCAAAUCAACGUCACAACCUGAUAUUGAUCAAACGUCGUCAAAAAGCAUGUUGUUUCAACGUUGUGUUUGUGUCGUUGAUUAUUGGUCGGGGAAUGACCAAAAUUCAACGUCAGGAUCCGACAUUGAAUAAACGUCGUCAAAAAGUAUGUUGUUUCAAUGUUAGGUUUGUGUCGUAGAAUAUUGGUCGGGAAAUGACCAAGUUUCAAUGGUCAAGUCAACGUCACAACCUGACAUUGAUUAAACGUCGUCAAAAAGCAUGUUGUUUCAACGUUGUGUUUGUGUCGUUGAUUAUUGGUCAGGGAAUGACGAAAAUUCAACGUAAGGAUCCGACAUUGAAUAAACGUCGUCAAAAAGUAUGUUGUUUCAAUGUUAGGUUUGUGUUGUAGAAAAUUGGUCGGGAAAUGACCAAAAUUCAAUGGUCAAAUCAACGUCACAACCUGACAUUGAUUAAACGUCGUCAAAAAGCAUGUUGUUUCAACGUUGUGUUUGUGUCGUUGAUUGUUGGUCGGGAAAUGACCAAAAUUCAACGUCAGGAUCCGACAUUGAAUAAACGUCGUCAAAAAGCAUGUUGUUUCAAUGUUGUAUUUGUACCGGGGAAUAUUGGUCGGGAAAUGACCAAAAUUCCACGUAAGGAUCCGACAUUGAAUAAACGUCGUCAAAAAGUAUGUUGUUUCAAUGUUAGGUUUGUGUCAUAGAAUAUUGGUCAGGAAAUGACCAAAAUUCAACGUCAGGAUCCGACAUUGAAUAAACGUCGUCAAAAAGCAUGUUUUUUCAACGUUGUGUUUGUGUCAUUGAUUAUUGGUCAGGAAAUGACCAAAAUUCAACGUCAGGAUCCGACAUUGAAUAAACGUCGUCAAAAAGCAUGUUGUUUCAAUGUUAGGUUUGUGUCAUAGAAUAUUGAUCGGUAAAUGACCAAAUUUCAAUGGUCAAGUCAACGUCACAACCUGAUAUUGAUCAAACGUCGUCAAAAAGCAUGUUGUUUCAACGUUGUAUUUGUGUCGUUGAUUAUUGGUCAGGGAAUGACCAAAAUUCAACGUCAGGAUCCGACAUUGAAUAAACGUCGUCAAAAAGCAUGUUGUUUCAAUGUUAGGUUUGUGCCGUAGAAUAUUGGUCGGGAAAUGACUAAAUUUCAAUGGUCAAAUCAACGUCACAACCUGACAUUGAUUAAACGUCGUCAAAAAGCAUGUUGUUUCAAUGUUGUAUUUGUACCGGGGAAUAUUGGUCGGGGAAUGACCAAAAUUCAACGUCAGGAUCCGACAUUGAAUAAACGUCGUCAAAAAGCAUGUUGUUUCAAUGUUAGGUUCAUAUUGUGGAAUAUUGGUCAGGAAAUGACCAAAAUUCAAUGUUAAAUCAACGUCACAACCUGACAUUGAUUAAACGUCGUCAAAAAGCAUGUUGUUUCAACGUUGUAUUUGUGUUGUAGAAUAUUGGUUAGAAAAUGACCAACAUUCAAUGGUCAAAUCAACGUCACAACCCGACAUUGAAUAAACGCCAUCACAAAGAAUGUUGUUUCAACGUUGUGUUUGAGUUGCUAACGUCAGGACGUAAUUCAUCAAGUUGUCAACGUUGUUUCAAUGUCUUGUGCCUGCUGGGUCAUAAGGCGCGCUGUCGAUUUCUGAGAAAAUGAAAGGAUUUUAGUGCGCCUUGUAGUCCGAAAAAUAGGGUUAAAAAUGCCUUUAAAACAGCUUAAACACGCAUUACGAUGCUAUGAGAAUGAUUAUUAAUAACAAUAUUAGUCGUACCAGCACGGGCUGAACAAGUCACAUCUGUGUACGUACGUUUAAAUAUGGAUGUAUCUGGAUAAAAAGGGGGUGAGUCUAUUAUUUUUCAAUUGUUUUUGUCGUCAUUUUGUUGUAGGUUUAUCCACUUAAAUGCUUCUUUCUUCCCCCCCGGUCUUACGUUGGAUGGUGCAGGACAACUGGUGGUGCAGUCCCCACCUUGUGUAGCAGUACUAACACGCCACAUACUAAACUUCAGAAUCUGGUUCCAAAUAUUUGAGAUGCAGCCGUGCGAGUAUAUAAGGAGAGUUGACAUAUUUUAAUGUAACUAUAACAAUCCAGUAUGUGACAAAAAGCUGCCUUCACAUAUUGUAUGUAAAUAUGUUCCCAGUUAUGCUUUGUAUAUCUAAUGCUGUUUUGUCCUCGUGGACGACAUGGACCAUGAUUUGUACCACAAUAAAUCUAGACUUUCAACCA